UACAGCCUCUUCUCCCUCAAAUUUCCCAACUCGUUUUCUCCUCUGUCUUGUCUCUCUCACAAUCAACCAUGUCUUGCUUCAAGAGCAAAUACCAGGAUGAGCUCAUUGCCAAUGCGGCUUACAUAGGAACCCCUGGAAAGGGCAUCCUUGCAGCCGAUGAGUCUACUAGCACAAUUGGAAAGCGUUUGGCUAGCAUCAAUGUUGAGAAUGUUGAAUCAAAUAGGCAUGCUCUUCGUGAACUCCUCUUCACUGCCCCUGGUGUAUUGGAUUGCCUGAGCGGGGUCAUCUUGUUUGAGGAAACCCUCUACCAAAAGACUACCACAGGAAAACCUUUUGUGGAUGUGAUGAAGGAAGGAGGCGUCCUUCCAGGUAUCAAGGUGGACAAGGGAACUAUUGAACUUGCGGGCACUAAUGGGGAAACAACUACUCAAGGUCUAGAUGAUCUUGGUCAACGUUGCAAAAAGUACUAUGAAGCUGGUGCUCGCUUUGCCAAAUGGCGUGCCGUCCUUAAAAUCAGUGCUACUGAGCCAUCUCCGCUAGCCAUCCAUGAAAAUGCUUAUGGGUUGGCUCGCUAUGCAGUCUUGUGCCAGGAGAAUGGCCUAGUCCCUAUAAUUGAGCCAGAGAUCCUUGUAGAUGGACCUCAUGACAUCCACAAGUGUGCUGACGUCACCGAGCGUGUCCUUGCUGCUUGCUACAAGGCCCUAAACGAUCACCAUGUCCUACUAGAGGGUACUUUAUUGAAGCCGAACAUGGUGACACCUGGAUCUGACUCCCCAAAGGUUACCCCUGAGGUGAUUGCUGAGCACACUGUUAGAGCUUUACUGCGAACUGUUCCGGUUGCUGUCCCUGCAGUAGUUUUCUUGUCCGGUGGGCAGAGUGAGGAGGAGGCAACCGUCAAUCUCAAUGCCAUGAACAAGCUUAAGGGGAAGAAGCCGUGGUCUCUUUCCUUCUCUUAUGGAAGGGCACUUCAACAAAGCACCAUCAAGGCAUGGGCUGGUAAAGAGGAGAACGUUGCCAAGGCUCAAGCUACUUUGUUAGUCAGGUGUAAGGCAAACUCUGAAGCAACUCUGGGAACUUACAAAGGCAAUGCAAAACUUAGUGAGGGUGCCUCGGAGUCUCUCCAUGUCAAGGAUUACAAAUAUUAAGUAGUAUGUGGAUGUGAUUUGCAUUUGUUUUUGAAGUUAUUAGCUUUAUUGGCAUUAAGGUUAGAUGCUAUUUUAUAGGAUAAAACUCUAAAAGUUUUAUUUUUUUAGGUCAUAUAGGAUGGUUAAAAUAAGUAACCUGAGAAUAAUAGCUUCAGCUGUAUCGACUUUGAUAUUUUACCUUUUUCAAUUUCAUUUUGGUUUUCUCUUUUA